AUGGUAUUUUACAAGAUAACGUUACAAAGGUCUUUAAUUGGAUUACCCAAACAAACCAGGACGAUAGUGAAGACGAUUGGUCUUGGGAAGAGAGGUUCUAUUGUUUAUAGGAGAGUUACUCCUGCAAUGGCUGGAUCUCUUGCUAAAGUGAAAGAACUGAUUGAUGUUGAAAUCACAGAGAAGGCUCUUAAUAAGAUGGAACAACGAGAAUUGAGGAAAUCGAAUCCUGGAUUUACUAUAGAGAAGAGAAAUUUGAAUGGAAUAAUAGAUGAUACUCUAUGA